AUGGUGGGGACGGUGACUGGCUUUGCAAGAAAGGAGUUACCUAUUACCUAUUUGGGUGCUCCUCUCUAUGCUGGGAGACUUAAAUAUUUCUUCUCUGAUGACCUGAUUGGAAAAAUUAGGAACAAGGUGGCGGGUUGGAAAGGGAAACUCUUAUUUGGUGGGGGUCGUGUGACUCUUGUUAAGCAUGUCCUUACCUCUAUCCCCAUUCAUAUUCUGGCCACCUUGGAGCUGCCUAAGACUGUCCUACGGCGAAUCUAUAGCAUCUUUGCUGAUUUCUUGUGGGGGAAUUCACAGUGGGGUAAGCGCAGGCAUUGGGUGAGAUGGCAGAAGAUUUGCAGGCCGGUGGAAGAAGAGGGUUUGGGGAUUAGUUUGUUGGAGGACUUUGGGCUUUCUCUAAGGCUCAAAGGCUUUUGGAGGGUCAUAUCUGACAGUUCGCUUUGGAGUGCCUUCUUCGGGGCAAAGAUCUUCAAAGGGGUUCAUGUGGCCCUAGGCUCUGGGGAUAUCUCAUUCUGGCCUGAUAAUUGGGUGGUGGUGGGCCCGCUGAUUGAUUAUGUGGACAAUGCCCUCGAGGUUGACUCAGACCUGCUCGGCAAGGAUGCGGUUGAUGAGGUUGGCUCUUGGAGGCUGGAUUUACUGAACCGGAUUGACUCGGAUGAGGUCAGGCAGAGCAUAGUUCAAGGUGGUUUUGCAAUGUCAGGUACGGACGACGUUAUGGUGUGGACUGUCGCUAGCGAUGGGUGUUUCACUGCUAAGUCGGCCUGGAAUGAGUUUGUUACUUUGCAGGUGCAAAGGCCUGGGAUAGAACCUAUAAUCUACCGGGAUCUUUUCUUGUUUCGUACUCUUGCUUCCUUCUUGAAUGGAAUCAGUCUACAGAAAUUGGGAUGCAAUGCAGAGCUCAUAGUUGAUGAAUUUGGUGAGAAGCUUCUAGAGGAACUUGAUUAUACCUUGGAGGCUAGAAAUAUUGAGGAUUUUCUGGAGAACUUCAAGAAUGAUCCAACUGUCAAGAUUCCUCGGGUUUAUAAAAAGCUUUCAGGUCCACAUGUUUUAGUGAUGGAAUGGAUUGAUGGUAUUCGGUGCACUAAUCCACAGGCUAUAAAAGAAGCAGGCAUUGACGUAAAUGGUUUUUUGACCAUUGGAGUGAGUGCUGCCUUGCGACAAUUACUAGAGUUCGGAUUUUUUCAUGGAGAUCCACAUCCUGGAAAUAUCUUUGCUAUGCGUGACGGUCGUAUUGCAUAUGUGGACUUUGGGAAUGUUGCUGUCCUCAGCCAGCAAAAUAAGCAGAUUUUGAUUGAUGCUGUUGUCCACGCUGUAAAUGAGGACUAUGUUGAGAUGGCAAAUGAUUUCACCAGGCUGGGCUUCCUUGCUAGUGGGACUGAUGUUUUGCCUAUUAUCCCAGCGUUGGAAGCAAUAUGGCAAAAUUCAUCUGGAAAGGGGUUAUCUGAUUUUAAUUUUAGGAGUGUUACUGGAAAAUUCAAUCAGUUGGUUUACCAGUACCCAAUACGUAUCCCUGAGAGGUUUUCUCUUGUUAUUCGUUCUUUAUUGACUCAAGAAGGCAUUUGUUUCACAUUGAAGCCAGAUUUUAAAUUUCUUGAGGUUGCCUACCCAUAUGUUGCCAAGCGUCUUUUGACAGAUCCUAAUCCUGCACUCCGUGAACGCCUCAUACAGGUCAUUUUUAAAUAUGGAGUUUUCACCUUGAGACAUUUUAGAAAAGAUUUGGACGUGUAUUUAUUUAAGUAG